AACAGGUGGGGAUUAGAGGAAGCAGCAGCGCGUGCUCUCUCGCGCUCGCGUUUUGUUGUAGGAGAGGAAAAAACGGGGCUCGAACCGACUGUGUUUCUCCGGAGCCCCUCCAGUCUGGUUGAUGCUCAGCUCUGCCGGACGCUCUCGGGUCGGAACCGGGCUCAAUCAGCAAGAUGCGGUUCUCCGCGGGGGUCUCGGUACUGGUGCUGGCCUCGCUACUGGCGGCGGCGGCGGUGGUGGAGACCCGCAGGCGGCCCCCUCGGUGCCAAGCGUCCUGCACAUGCACCAAAGAUAACGCCCUGUGCGCCAACAGCGCCUCCAUACCCCGCAGCUUCCCGCCGGACGUCAUCUCCCUUUCUUUCGUCAAAUCCGGAUUCACUGAGAUUCCCAAGGAGAGCUUCAUCCACACUCCAGCUCUUCACCUCCUACUUUUCACAGCAAACACCUUCGAUUCCAUAAACGAGGACGCCUUCCUCGGUCUUCCACACCUGGAAUACCUGUUUAUUGAGAAUAAUCAGAUUAAAUCCAUCUCGCCGUUCGCCUUCCGAGGUCUGAAGUCUCUGAUUCACCUGAGUCUUGCCAACAACAACCUGGAGUCUCUACCGAAGGAUCUGUUUAAGGGAAUGGAGGCUUUAACCAAAGUAGAUUUGCGAGGGAAUCUGUUUAACUGCGACUGUAAACUGAAGUGGUUGGUGGACUGGAUUUAUCACACCAACGCGACUGUAGAUCAGAUCUACUGCAACGGCCCGGCAGCCUAUCAGGGGAAGAGGAUUAACGACCUCACGCCACAGUCGUUUGAUUGUAUAACUACAGAUUUUUCGAUGCUGAAAUCUCUGGAUUUUCAGUCGAUUUCGGUGGAAACGUUCUCGUUCGGGGGGGAUCAGUACGUGGUGUUCGCUCAGCCUUUCAUUGGAAGAUGCAGCUUUAUGGAAUGGGAUCACGUGCAGAUGGAAUUCCGCAAUUAUGACAACAUAACAAUUCAUGUUUCUUCACCAGGCACCUCCACAGUCAUCUGUAAACCGCUGGUGAUCGAUGAUCAGCUCUUCAUCAUCGUGGCUCAGCUGUUCGGCGGCUCCCACAUCUACAAGAGGGACGUCUCCGCCAACAAGUUCAUCAAAAUCCAGGACAUCGACAUCCUGAAGAUCCGGAAGCCCAACGACGUGGAGAUCUUCCGCGUGGACGGCGAGUCCUUCUUCAUCAUGGCCGACAGCUCCAAGGCCGGGUCCACCACCGUCUACAAGUGGAACGGAAACGGCUUCUACUCGCACCAGUCCCUGCACCCGUGGUACCGAGACACGGACGUGGAGCACCUGGAGAUCUCAGGUAAACCUCACCUGAUCCUGUCCAGCAGCUCCCAGCGACCCGUCAUCUACCAGUGGAACAAGAGCAGCAAGCAGUUCGAGCGGCGGACGGACAUCCCGGAGAUGGAGGACGUUUACGCCGUGAAGCACUUCAGAGUGAAGAGCGAUCUGUUCGUCUGUCUCACUCGAUUCAUCGGAGACUCCAAGCUGAUGAAGUGGGACGGGAACAUGUUUAACGAGGUGCAGACCGUCCCCUCCAGAGGCUCCAUGGUGUUCCAGCCGUUCUCCGUCUCCAACUGGCAGUACGCCGUCCUGGGCAGCGACUACUCCUUCACCCAGGUGUACCGCUGGGACCCCAAGAAAGGCCAGUUCAUCCACUUCCAGGAGCUGAACAUCCAGGCGCCGCGAGCAUUCUCGCCCGUCGCCAUCGACAACCGCCACUUCCUCCUCGCCUCCAGCUUCAAGGGCCAAACUCGCAUUUACGAACACCUCAUCCUCGACCUGAGUGACUGAACCGUGUUUAGAGCGGGGAAUAAAUAAACUGGGGAGUGUUUGAU